UCCGGGGCUAAUAUCAACAUUUGACAGCUCGGAUGUAGCUGAAAUAUCGUAGCUGGAAAAUUGUUCAUGGCUGCACCAGAUUGAAUUUAAUUGUGGCGAAUUUCUCUGCAUCUAUCACACAAAUCUGGCAACAGGGAGUAUCAUUCACGCUUAAAUGGAGAGACAAAAGUCCAAGCAGAAGACUUGACGGUGAAGGAUGGAAGGAUGACUCGAUGUUGUGGCUGUAGCCUGGGGGACACAUGUCAUCGGCAAGCUGUUAGUUGUUCGGGGUCAUCUCACCACACAAGUACAAUAACAGCAGCAAGCGCUACAAUACGAACUUACAUGUGGUGAUUUUCCACAAAUGGUGCACCGCUAAAAACUACACCACUGAAAUUGUAGAGAGGAGUCGUCGAAAGGUAAACCCAAGUAGUCUGUCCAACAAGAACUGCAACCCAUCUAUACAUGUAUUCUACCACAAUGUCACAAAUCGCAGCCAUAGUUGCAAAGGCAACCAUUGUUGCAAAAGCUAAUGUGCACAAAGAAGUACAGUGCAAAUCACCUAACAGCACACAAACAACAUUUGAGACUUCAAACCGAUAUGUCCAGUCAUAUUUAUCAUAUGAUUUGUUUUCUGCAAUAGAAGAAGGAUGUUUGACAUCUGUUCGGAACUUGCUGUUGUCAUAUCCAGAUUUGGAUCUGAACUAUCAUAUCAAAGAUAUUACUCCUCUAUCCUUGACUCUCUACAAGCGACAUUUUGACAUAUUUCAUCUGUUUAUGAGACAUCAUGAGAAGACAAAAAAAAUGGACUUGAACAUGAGCAGCAAAGACCACUUAGGUCGUGUUGAACCUCCAGUUGUGACGUCCUGUCGGAUGCACUUCCUUGAGGGCGUCGUGACCCUGGUGUCACAGGGUGCAGAUAUUGAUGCUGCAGACAACAUGGGCCAUACUGCAUUGUGGGUAGCAUCACGACAACAGAUGCCAGAUCUUGUACAGUAUCUUAUUGCUAAUGGUGCUAGUGUUAACAAGAUGGAUAAAUAUAACUGUACACCCCUUCUUGCUGCAUUUAUGUACAGAGUGAGUUCAAUAAUACUCAAGACCCUGAUUGUGCAUGGCAGUAGUCUUGGUGGUGUAGGGCCCUACUGUCCUGCAGAACAGUCCCCCUUGUUCUGGGCUGCCAAGCAUGGGAAUGUGGAAAUAAUCAAACUCGUGUUAAUGGCUGGGGUAUCACCUCCACAGAUCCGUUCAGUGUAGGCGCUUCAAAACAGUGACAUUGAUGAAGAUAUUGUUGAACUCUUGGAUACAGAAUCCAAAACACCCCACUCCCUCCGUCAUCAAUGCAAAUGUGUUCUUCGAUCUCACAUUAUUAAACAAUCUGAUGGCAAGAACUUCUUGCAGAGUGUCGACAGUCUCCCACUGCCAUCAAGUCUCAAACACUACCUGCUCCUCAACAGAUGAUGCACUGAUACUUGGGAAUCCACCUGUGCUAUAUGCUGUUGCAUACCUGGAGAUCCACCUGUGCUAUAUGCUGUUGCAUACUUGGAGAUCCACCUGUGCCACCUGUGUUGCAGACCUGGAGAUCCACCUGUGC